AUGCAGGUCUAUGUUCUGGACCCUCCUAAGCAUACAGCUUCUGCUAUGGGAGCAGUUCACAAGCGAGGAGACAUUCCCCCUUUCGCGGGGACAGCACCGGCUUCCACCCAGCCUCACGAGACUACGUCUAGAGCUCCGAACGGCGGCAGCUGCCCACACCGAGAUCAGGGUCCCGGGCCGGACCGGGGACCGCUACCGCCGCGUUACAAAACCGCCUGGUUUUGUAACAACCUGCGGGCGCUGCCCAAUGAGCGCUGCCGCCCGGCAUCACGUGCCCGUCUCUACAUAAGCGGCGGCGGCGGCGGGGGGUGCUCCCGGCGCGGGGCGGUGGCAGCGGCAGCGGCAGCAGAAUGGGCUGGUGGGGCCGUGCCGCGCCCGCGCCCACUCCGCCGUCGCGCCCAGGCGCCCCGUGUCUCCCGGCUUGCUAGAGCCGCCGCUAUGGCCUCCCAGCAGCGCCCAGAGCCCCAGCUGGUGCUGCAGCUGACGGCCGGCGCUCUGCAGGCGCAGAACUUGGAGCUGUCGGGCGGCGGCCUGGGGCCCGAGUGGCAGGUGCUGCUCCGGCGGGCCGACGCGCUCGCCUACGGCGGGCGGCUGCAUGAAGCCUUGCCGCUCUACCAGCUGGCGUCCCGUCACCAGCAGCUGCGGGCGGAGCAGCUGGAGAAGCUGGUGGAGUGCCUGGCGCAGAGUAUCCGGAUCAAAGAGGGACUGCCCGCUGCCGGGAGCGGUCCCCCACAGCUCCGCGAGUGGGAUGUCUUCAGGUGCCGCAAGUGCCAGGGCUUCCUCUUCGAGCCCGUUUCCUUGCCUUGCGGACACACGUUCUGCAAAAAGUGCCUGGAGAGGGACCGGGCGGCCGAGUCCCGUUGCGUCCUGUGCAGGGAGGAGGGCAGCUCGACGGCCGGGCAGCUCCUGCGGGUCAAUGUCAUCCUCAGCAACCUGCUGGCCAAGUGGUUCCCCUGUCAAGUAAAGGCUUCACAGCUCCGGCACGAAGGGAACCUCUUGUACAAGGAGAAGAAGCUACAAGCCGCCCUGCAGAAGUACAACGAAGCGGUCAGCCUAGCUCCAAAUGACCACUUGCUCUACAGCAACCGGUCCCAGAUUAACUCUACUCUCAAAGCUUGUGAAGAUGCAUUGCAUGAUGCAGAAACAGCAUGCAGACUGCAGCCAUACUGGUUGAAAGGUCACCUAAGGAAAGGGCAAGCAUUAGCUAAUCUGGGGAAAACAGAAGAAGCUUUAAGAGAGUUCCUAUUCUGCCUUGCUCUAGAUACUGGGAACAAGAUAGCCAAGUGUGAGGCACAAAAGCUUCUACUUAGUUUGUUUUCAUUCAUCCCGGGAAAUGCUCAGGAACACUUACCCGAUAUCCUGCAGCUGUUGUCACAUCACUCUAGAUUAAAGGGGAAUCUUCUAAAUUCAGUGGGAUCUGGAGGCACCAGCCAUAACCUACAAAGGUUGCUCAAGGUAAAUGUGGAGCAGAAAAAGGGUUUUCCCAUUCAAGAGGAAUCAAAUGUAACUAAUUCCGAUAGUUUGAGGAAAUCUGUACAAAUUACAGAUUGCAACAAGGACUGCUCGGAGGAGGAGAACAAACUCCCCUCCAUGCCAGAGUCUACCUUUCUCAUUACUGAGAAGUGCAGCCUCCUGAAAAGAAAGUGCUGCCCAGAGGAAAUGCGAAAUGCUGAGGUACCCUGCAAAUUGAUGAAGAAAGAUACAGUUGAUACUAAGGGAAAUACUACUGGACAACAAACUCCAUUUCAAUUUGUGGAUCCAUCAGAUUUGGACUGCUCCCUGUGUAUGAGGCUUUUCUAUGAACCUGUCACUACACCUUGUGGGCACACCUUCUGUCUCAAGUGUCUUGAGAGAUGCCUGGAUCACAACCCAAAGUGUCCCCUGUGCAAGGAAGGACUCUCAGAGUGCUUGGCUAUGAGGAAAUACUGUAAAACAGUACUUAUGGAGGAGUUAAUAGCUAGGUAUCUUCCAGAGGAACUCACUGAAAGAAGAAAGAUUUAUGAAGAGGAAAUAGCAGAGCUUUCCAACCUAAAUAAGAAUGUUCCUAUAUUUGUCUGCACAAUGGCUUAUCCUACAGUCCCAUGCCCACUGCACAUUUUUGAGCCAUGUUAUCGCCUGAUGAUUCGCAGGUGCAUGGAGACGGGCACCAAACAAUUUGGGAUGUGCAUCAGUGACCCUCUGAAGGGGUUUGCAGACUAUGGCUGCAUUCUGGAGAUAAGAAACGUCGAAUUCUUUGCUGAUGGUCGUUCUGUUGUAGACAGCAUCGGCAAGAGGAGAUUUAAGGUCAUACAGCACAGCCAGCGUGAUGGCUACAACACAGCAGAUAUUGAGUACAUUGAGGAUCAACAGGUACAAGGACAAGAGUAUGCUGCAUUACUUGUUCUUCAUGAUUCUGUCUAUGAUCAGGCAUAUAUGUGGUUUAACUCCCUCAAGCAAGCACUCAGAAGUCGAAUUCUCAGUCAUUUUGGUCCAAUGCCAGCUAAGGAUCCUGACCCACAGGCAAACCCUAAUGGUCCAGCCUGGUGCUGGUGGGUCCUAGCUGUCCUUCCACUUGAGAACAGAGCUCAGCUCCCUUUCCUUGCUAUGAAAUCCCUCAAAGACCGCUUGAGUGGCAUCAGACGUGUCCUUGCAUUCAUGUCUCGUACAAGAUCACGGUGAUGGUGAGGAGGAGUGCUGUGAAGUCUCCCACAAUACUUGACUGUAGACUCUCUCUUGUAACUUCAUCUAACUGCAAUAAUGUCUUACAGAUUUGAAUGUCAGGAUGUUUCAAGCCUGAAUUUCAAAGAAAAUGAGUUAUAAAGAGCAAGGGAUGUUUAUGGAUACUUCAGUAGUUUCCAUCUGGAACUCUGAUAUGAUUAUUCAA